AUGUCCGGUAUGACAUCGCCACACGUCAUACCAGCCCUGAUGAUAAUCCUAUGGAAACCUGUAAAGCAACUCGGGGCAUCCUGGGGUUCUCCACAUAUAGGCCAUAUCAUAUCAUCAUCCAUCCAAACCAACCAAAAUGGCCACAUUCAUGCGCCUUCGAGGCAACCUCCAACCCGGAACCUCACUCCUCCGCCUAAACCAGAUCAUUUCUUCUUCCGUUGCCAGACCGACAACCCAAAUUCAAACUCAAAUCCAAAACCGAAGCUACGCCCAAAAACAAGACAAGACACCCCCUCAAGCCAGGACCAAGCCUCGCCCUCUCCAAACCAUCCAAUCCCUUCAAACAAAGCACGCCCAACCCUGCGCGAUGGGAACCAGUCACCGAUUGCCGACGACGAGGGACAUUUGAAGGAUGAUUUGCCUGAGGAUGUUAAGCGUCAUAAUGAGGAGAUGGAGGACCGUUAUGAUAAGCCUUAUAAUCAUAUGAGUGAUAAGGGGUCUCCGGAGAGUAAAUUUGAGAAUUAA